AUGAAAUUGGUUGAUAUUUUAUUCGUACUGACUGCGGCAGCAACCGCCAAUGCAAUACUGAUACCGGCUGAUAACAAUGGUUCACCCAAAGCAUCAGUCACUUUGAGUCAAGUGUCUGGUCCAACCAAUGAGCCCAAUCCAGACACUUCAGAUGAAUAUCAGCAAGAACCAAUGGAUUUAAGUCUUCCCAACCGAAUCCGGCAACAACCAAUGGAUCAACCUAAUCCAAAUAUUCCUAAUCAAAGUCAACGACCAACUGUGAUUGUAGCUGGUCCAAAUAUUUUCAAACAAGACCAAAAACCCAUAAUUGAACAGCCCAUCCCAAGUACUCCCAGUCAAGUUUCUGACCCAAUUGAUCAAGUCGGUCCGAACACUUUUGAUAAAUACCAACAACAACCAGCUGAUAAAACCAGUUCGAGUAUUUCCAAACAAACCCAGCAACACCCAAUAGAUGCAACUGAUUUAAAUAUUCCCAACAAAGAUCAGCAACAGCCGAUUGAUCAGCCCAGUCCAAGCACUUCCAGUCAAGGUCGGAAACGGCCAAUUAGUGAUUCCAGUCCAAGUGGUGCUCCAAAACGAGAUCGAAAACAACCGAUUGAUCAACCCGAUCCAAGUACUUCUGACGAAUACUGGAAACCAUUAUUUGAUAUAAUUAAUCCAAAUAUUCCCAGUCAAGACCCAAUUAAUGAACCCAGUCCAAGUACUUCUGGCAAAUAUUGGGGACCACUAUUUGUUAUAAUUAAUCCAAAUAUUCCCAGUCAAGACCAACAACAGCCAAUGGAACAAGAUGAGUCUGCUAAUACUGUUCCAAAUCAAGUGACUGGAUUGAACAAAAAAUAUCAGAGAACCUUUAAUCGCAUGAAGAAAAGACUUGUAGCAUUUAAAGUAGUACGAGAGAAAAAAUGGCAACAAUAUCGUAGGUAUGUAGACCUUGAAUUCGAACAACAAAUGACGUUAGCAAUGGGAAAAGAAAUAUCUGGAUCAAGAUACAAUCCAAACGUUCAAAAGCAAUUAAAACAAGAGUAUAAGAAGAUAAACAAGAGAGUACAUAGUGUCAGAUAUAAAUUGAAAAACUACAUGAAAAAGCAUGGUUUGGAAUUUGAUGAGCCAGAUCCAGAUUGA